AAGCACUCCGUCCACUUUAACAAGCUCGACCUACUUGAAUGGAAAUCGUUCCUGUUCACAGUAAAAGGCUUCAUAGCCCACUGCACAUACGACCACCUUCUAAUUUCAUCAGCUCUUUCCGUGAAUUUACCGCAUCUAUUUAUCAGUUUCUACUCUUCCAUGCAAACCCAUUAUGGAUUCAACUCUGCUACUUCUUCUUUGUUUCUUCAAUUGGUUUCCUACUUUUAAAGAUUUUGCCCAUGCGAGAUGCGGCGAGAAAUAAGCCGAAGGACUUGGACUUGUUCUUCAUGGCGGUUUCCGCGAACACUGUGUCGAGCGUGGACACUGUCGAAAUGGAGGCUUUCUCUAACUCCCAGCUUAUGAUAUUAACUCUUCUCAUGCUACUAGGUGGGGAGGUGUUCAUUUCCAUGGUCGGUCUUCAGUUCACCAGGAUCAAGCUCGAGAAGAAGGAAACUCCAUAUAAUAAAGCUAACAUAGAACUCAUGAGCUCCAAAGAACUUGCCAAUGACUCCGACCAACCUGAGCUCGGGACGGUGGACUCCGGUGCAAUUAGUCCCGAGAGUGGCUCGGGGUACUUGAGGUACAGUUCUAUAAAGCAACUGGGAUUUGUGGUGUUGGGUUAUCUCUUAGCAGUUCAGAUCGUUGGCUAUGUGCUUAUCUUAGCGUAUGUAAGCCUCGUUCCAAGUGCAAGAGCUGUGCUUGAUGGCAAAGGGAUCCAUUUCCACACCUUCUCCAUCUUCACUACGGUUUCUUCCUUCACCAACUGCGGCUUCAUUCCAACCAACGAGAACAUGAUGGUGUUUAAGAAUGGUUCCGGACUUCUUCUAUUGAUCAUAGUGCAGAUCCUCGCGGGGAACACCAUGUUCCCUUCAUUCUUAAGGUUGGUCAUAUUGGUCUUCGAGAAGCAUUCAAAGAGGCGAGAGUUCGAUUUUAUGGCGAAGAAUCAACGAGAGAUAGGGUUUGAUCACUUGCUCCCCGGCCGUCGUGCAGUGCUACAUGCCCUCAAUGUGCUUGGGUUUGUGAUGGUCCAACUCAUACUCUUCUGCUGCUUCGAAUGGAGGUCUGAGGGCUUGGAUGGGCUGAGCCCAUACCGGAAGAUCCUGGCCUCACUCUUUCAGUCGGUUAACUCGCGGCACGCCGGCGAGACCAUUGUUGAUCUCUCCAUCAUCUCGCCAGCCAUCUUGGUGCUCUACGUGGUCAUGAUGUACCUUCCUUUUUAUACUUCUUUUAUUCCUUUAGGAGAUGAUGAUGGGCCUUCAGAGCGUAAGGAAGGUGGCAGCAAGAGAAAAAACCUUGUGCAAAACUUGAUUCUCCCGGAGCUCGCAUGCUUAGCCAUCUUUGUCAUCAUCAUCUGCAUCACAGAGAGGAAGAGGCUCUCCGAAGAUCCCUUGAACUUUAGCGUCUUAAACAUAGUCAUCGAGGUGGUCAGUGCAUAUGGCAAUGUGGGAUUCUCGACUGGCUAUGGCUGCGAACGUCAACUUAAGCCCAUCGGGCAAUGCGAGGAUACAUGGGUUGGGUUUUCAGGGAAAUGGAGCGCUAAAGGAAAGCUCACUCUCAUGGCUGUCAUGCUGUUUGGAAGGCUCAAGAAGUUCAGCAUGGUGGGUGGUAAAGCUUGGAAGCUUGGCUGAUCUAUGUGCAUAUAUAUAUGCUUCAUCCCCAGUGUACUACUGUCGAUAUAUAGCUAGCUAUAUAAAGCAUGAAACAAUGGGGAGGGAAUUGGUUUUUGUAAGCUAGAUCAACUCAGAUAGUUAAAGCUAUAUAAGCAUGCCAUAGGGCUUAUAUAUAUAUGUGAGUGGUUCAAUUGCUCAGUGGGGUUUGAAAUCUGAACGGCAUAAUGAACAAAAUAUUGAUUUCAAGUGCUUCA